CGAAGCUCAAAGCUCCCCCGCAUUUUACUGAGCCUCCGUUCCAAAUUUAUGUACCUACCUCUUAAAAUAUUCAUGCAACAUAAAAAUAAAAACUACACCAAGUAUCCCUCAUACACUUAGUUACAUUACUACAGCACGAAACAAGCAAAUCAAAAUGGCAGAGCCUCAACCGAAAAAUCCACAAGAGGGCGCAUCCGGAGACGUCGAAGAUGAGGUCCAGACUACCGCCAAGUCAGCCGAGGAUCGGAAGGCUGCUGCCGCUAUGGCGAGCCUCGACACCCGCGGAGACGAUGCUGGCUCGUCGAACGCUGUCGACCAGGAGGCUGUAAGCAAAGCGAUGCAGAGCCUUGGGAGUGGCCCCUCCACCGGUGCCGCGAAGGACGCCAAGAAGGUCAAGGUCGACCCUGCUGACGUUUUGUUGUUGGUCGACGAGCUCGAUCUGACCAAAGCAAAGGCUACCGAGUUGCUUAAGGCGCACGACGGCGACGCAGUCUUGGCUAUGAAGGCCUUUAUCGCUACGUGAAGAGGAUUGCGGAUAGAGGGACAAGAUUCCUUCUAGCAUAUUGUCGUAUGAGAGGCGUCAUGGUUUUGGGAACGUGAUAGAGAAAAUGGAUAUACCUAGCGAGAGGAUGAAGAGAAGCGCGAAAUUGGAAAGAUGAUAGAUACCUGACUAUGCUAAGCCUUCCUCAUAUCUACGAAUAAGGCGUAUGAGUAUUUGAUAUUUAACGCCGAAGAGUAAAGGGAAAGGAGGGUAUCUGAUAAUAAGAUUACAGCAUGCGGCCAAAAUGUCCGCCUUGGAAGAGAACCCCCGAGUCACGCACCCCGGUAAGGUUCUUAGCUAUCUACCGGAUAUAGGGGCUGGACACCGAAUGGCAGAUGAUCAUCAUCGGGGUUAUUGUCCGGUUGAUUAAAUGAGACGAAAUAUGAAAGAAAAAAGAAAAAAAGAAAAACCCCGAACGCCUUCCCGCCCAUCACUACCUACCUAACUAUGACAACAUGGUGUUAGAGAAUAGCCAACUGAUGAUCAAUAUAGCGGACUCCAGGUAUCGUGAAGUAUCUAUAAGGUAACUAAGUGAUAUAAUUCUAUAAAUAGUUCUUGCUGUCGAUAUACAAACCUAUAUAUUACCUCUAUUUAGCCCCUUAACUCUAGACUUC